AUGACUGAAUCUUUAUUCGACACUAAUUUUACCUCGGAGAACGAACCAAAAUUGACGAAUACCACCAGUGGUAUUCAGCCCGCCACCCAAGCUCAACCGCAGGGUGGAAGCCAAGGCAUUACACCAAACAAUGCUGACCACAGCAACGCAGGCAGCACCAAUGCUACAGGUAACUCCCCUGCUGCUAGCAACUCUCAUGCGGUACAUUCAACGACAGCCCCAACCACCAACGAUGGCGCAGACCAUCAAGAACACCAUGAUCACGACCACGACCACGACCACGACCACGAUCACGAUCACGAUGGCGAAUACGACCAAUCCACGUCCUUGCCAUCAUUGGAUGACAACUCAAAUGCCGAUGCAUUGAUAAAUUACCGUGUUUUGGUAUCGGCAAAGGAAGCUGGAUGUUUGAUUGGACAAAAUGGGAAAGUCAUUGACUCAAUCAGAGAAGAAACAAACACCAAAGCCGGAAUAUCUCGAUUGGUUCCCGGUACACAUGAACGUAUCUUGACCGUAUCUGGAAAAUUGGAUGAUUGUGCUAAAGCGUUGAGUUAUUUUGCUCAAGCUUUGCUUGGUUCAUCAAUUGAAACGUACAAUUAUUUCCCAUUGAAACAAUUGAGCUCAAUUCCAUGUGUUGAGCAUGAGACUACCAUAUUGAGACUAUUGAUUCCCAAUAGUCAAAUGGGUACAUUGAUUGGUUCCAAAGGUGCAAGAAUUCAACAAAUUCAACACAAUUUUGCCAUUUCCAUGAUUGCUUCGAAAUCAUUCUUGCCUGGAUCAAAUGAAAGAUUAGUUGAGUUACAAGGGACUGUUGAUGACUUGUAUGAUGCUUUACGAGUCAUUUCUCGUUGCUUAAUUGAGGACUUUUCAUCAAGCGUCGGCACUACUACCUACUAUGUCCCCAAGAGUCAUCAAUUGACCAGGAAAUCAACUGCCACCAUCAGCUUCCCCAAUGACAUGGUGGGAGCUUUGAUUGGUAAGAACGGUUCAAGGAUCCAGGGUGUUAGAAAAGUUAGUGGUGCAAUGAUUGGAAUUGGCGAGGCUGUGGAAGGCUCAAAUGAACGUGUCUUCACUAUAACUGGUACUCAACCAGCGGUUGAAAAAGCCAAGCUGUUGUUGUAUCAUAAUUUGGAAAGAGAAGAACAAAGAAGAGCUGAAGCAACUGAGUAA